UAUAAAUUGUAAAAGAAAGAUAAUGGGGUAAAUAGUUUAUUAAAAAGUAAUCAAUGUGGGAAGAAAUACAUAAUAAAAAGUACUAGUUGUAGUGGAUUUGGGUGGGUACAAUAAGAGGACAGAGAUUUAAUAUUUAAAUAUAGCUUUUUACAAAUAAAAAAGUAUAAUAAUUAUUAAUACACGACUAAAUUUGAUAAGUAUAACACUCAUUAAACAACAGAAGGAAGUAAAUAAGGAAAUCAUAACACCAAUCAAUACUUCAAUAGUUAUGGUUUCAAUUCCCAGAACGGAAAAAUCAUUUGCAAUGUUCACUUUGGUUAUAGUUGCCAACUAGUCGUACCACUACCCCACCUAGUAUCUACCAAUCAAAAACCAACUGCUCACCAAAUUUUAUUCCCAUCUCCAUUAUUUUGCUUCUCUUUCUCUUUGUUUGUCUUCAUCUUGUCACCGUCAUUAAACAGUAAGCAAAUCUCUAUCCCAUUAAAAAAUUGAUAAUUUUUCACCAGUUUUUGAAGAGAUCAACAAAAAUGGAUGACCCACACAAUCAAAUUACGGAUAAAUCAUGUGAAAUAUGUGGGGAUAUUGGCAGGGUAGAUUACAGCAUCAUUUGCUCCAAAUGCAAAGUAACUCGCGAACAUGUGUACUGCAUGAGAGUAUUGUAUGAUGAUGACAGAGAUAAAUGGGUUUGUGAAGAAUGCAACUCCUCCAAUCAUUCGUCAAUAAAAGCUCCAACCAAACAACCUAGUGGCACAAGAAGAAUAACAAUUAAGAAACCUCCUCAAAAUUCCAAGGUGCACUAUUUACCACCCGAGGAAGCUAAGGUGAUAAAUUAUGGAGCAACCACAAGAAACUUGUCUUCACCAAGAAAAGUACAUAUUGUACACAGGCCCUCAGGGAACAAGCCAUCUGCAUCGAAGAUGGAGGCUAUUCCGUCAUCCUUUCCUACUCCGAAAUUCAGGAUUAAAGUAGGGCCAUCCGGAAGCAAGGAGCCACUGAAUGACUGGAGCAUGCCUAGCUAUUUAAAGGAUACUAAUUUGUCACUUACUGAGAAAGAUGAUUCUGAGCCAACUGUAUCUAGGUGGUCUUCAGCUACAAAUAUACAAACAUCAGAUCCCAUGUUGCAGAAGGAAACAGAUGAACCUGCACAUAGACUUAAGGGGGAAAGUCUGCCUGCUAGGCGUGUGUCUUUUGCUGAAUUUCCUAAACCUAGUGUGAAGAGAGACAAUAUAAAAUCGGGCCAUACUCCUGCUCAUUUAGGCCUGCAUUUGCCAGAUGUCAGUUCAGAUGGAUGUGUGCAACAAUCUCGUAUAACAACCAUAACUGCUAAGUAUAUGUCUCUGGAAAUUUUUUAUAGAGAUGAUAUAAAGUCUGGCCAUAAAUCUCAGCGAGUCCAGUCUUUCCCUACUGGAAGUUCAGGAGUUAAUGUUUAUGCAAAACCUCAGCCAAAUAAAGUUGAUUCUAAGGCGAGAGACUCUCUGAGUGUUACAAUGGUUCUUGAUAGUUAUCUACCAAACCAUCCUGCAAUGUCACCAACAUGGAAGGGAGCUUUUAAGAUCGCGAGUGAUCUUUUGCCAUGUAGUGUCUUUGAUGAAAUUCAAGCACAUCCUCCAUGUAAAGUUCAUAGCAAAGUGUACAAGCUGUCAAAACAAUUUCCCAAGAUACUUCCCUUUGAAAUGCUACCUCGAAAAAACUCUUGGGUGGAUUUCUUCGAGGAUGAUGUUCCAAGUGAGCUUGACAUCGGACUAUACUUUUUCACCCCAAGGAUGUCCAAUUCAAAUGGAGGUUCUAACUUGGAUGUUACAUCAACGGUUGGACAUGAACAAUGUUACUCUCCUCUUUUGGAGUGCCUAGACAUACAUGAGCAGCUCUUGAGAACUCAAAUUGAUGGAGUGGAGUUGUUUGUCUUUUCCUCUAAACAUUUGCCAGAGGAUUCCCGCACAGAAAUAAAUCGAAAGUUUUUCUUAUGGGGACUGCUUCGACCUACUUCUUUCAGAAAGCCUUAGCCUAGAAGACAACUUUCUCCUUCUCUGCAUGCCAAUUCAACCAGCCUGUGGAAUUAACCUCACGUACACAUCAUGUAUCAUACUUCCUGACAUUGGUACCCUUCUCGAAGGUGAGGUUACGAUAAAAAAUCACCUUAUUUGGACUUCUAGACAGGGCAAUACAGUCUUCCUAUGAUCCUGGGUAGUUAUCAUUUGUGCAGGAAUUCGAACUUGUGGGCAUGUUUUCUUCUCACUUAGGAUGUUUGCUGGGCAUUAUUAGAUUGCUAUCAUGGUCAAAUAAAUGGUGGUGAAUCUUUAGAGGUGUUUAUGUCUUAAAUUAAGGAAUAAGAUGAGGAUUAUCAAGGUACUAAACUUAUAAGGCUUGUUAAUACUUAUGCUCUGAACCAUGGUUUUGACGUUAUUGUUGAGUAUAGAUAAAUAACAAUCAUUAAAGUGUGAUUAUGGGGCCA